AUGUCCCCAGUAGCUCACAAGUACGAGGUCGGAGAUAGGCUUUUUUGUUUUGAGCCUGAUCCCUCCAAAGCCAAGCUUAUUUAUCAGGCUAAGGUUACACAACUGUGUGGGUUUGCUAGCAGUGGACGCUCUCGUGUUCCGCUUUAUUGCGUUCACUUCCUUGGUUGGAAGCAGAAAUGGGACAGAGAGGUUUCUGAGGAUCUUCUUAUGGAUAUUAAUAGUUUCACUAGGAUGUUGAAACAGAAAAUCGACGAGCUGGCCAUUAAAAUAAAAGACAAGGAAAAGCGUAAAGAACGGAUUGACACUGUUUUGAUGAGCGCAGCAAAAGCUCGUGAUGAUGUUGACUGGGAUAGUCUUCCUGGCACGUGGAAAAAGGAUGAAGUGCUCUCCAAGGCUCGUGCUUCCAGUUUUUCUCAAGAAUCGUCACAAUUUCAGCCUCAGUCCGAGGCUCAAGAGGAGAUGGAACUAGACCCAGAUUCCCUAGCUCAAUCAAAUUUCGAAUCGCUAGAAGCACACGCGAAUUUCGCACCUAAAAUAAAACUCCCCAACACAUUGUACGCCAUUCUAGAGAGCCAUUGUCGUCCAUUUGAGACGGCUCGGGGCUCAUCUGUGAGACCUUUCGUCCCAGUGCCUUCAUGGUGUUCUGUUUUACACCUUCUUCAAACUUACCUUAAUGCGUUUCCCUACUUCAUGCCUGUGAACAAUUCGGUGGGGCCAAAUAGAGGUAACAACGUCCUCUUCCCUUCAAUUGUUUUGCGGGAACGUUUCUCCAAGGCAGCAGCUGCGGAGUACAUGAAAACAGAUAGGAGCAGGCGUUUAUGUGCGGAAUUUUGCUCUAGCGUUCGUAUUCUCUUCGACGCACUGCUGGAGGAGUAUCUCCUCUACCCCAAUGAACAAAGAAAACACUCGUGA